AUGUCCUAUAGUAAUGCCUUAGACUCAUAUGAUUUUAAAACUUUAACAUUAAAUAAAAAAUCUAAUCCUGAUGAAUCUAGUUUAUGGGAUUCAUUAACGGAUGAUUGUAGCAAUGAAGUUAGGUCAAUACCUUCUAAAACCAAAAAUACUAAAGAAAAGAAAGGAAAGAAAGUUGAAAACAAUCAUUUCCAUGAUACUCAAAAUACUAACAAAAAGAAUGUAUCGUCAAAAUUAUCUAAUGAUAAAAAUUUUAUUCAACAAAAUGAAGUAAAUAUUAAUGCAACAAUCCCAUUAUCUUGUGAAAAUCAUCUUUUUGACGUUACCCAAACUAUUAUUGUACCUGAAGUACAGAAAGUCAAUCAAACAAAAAAUAUUAAAAUGAUAACACCUAUUAAACCAUCAAAGGAUGCCCUAAUUUCAAAAGAGAACGAGGUCGAAUUGUCAACUGUUAAUGUAAACGAUGUUCAGGAUAUAUCUAAAAGAAAUUUAGAAACUGUAGAUAUUAAUAGUAGUGAUAUAUUAAUUGAUAACUUGUCAUCUAAAAUCAAUAAUACUAUAUCUGUAGACUCCCAUACUAAUCAAACAAUGACACUUAUUCAUGAAGAAAUAGAACCCCAACUUCCUUGUACAGAACCCACUAUAUUAACGAAAAAUGAAUAUAAUGAGACAGGAGUAAGUUCAUUAACCUCACCAGUUUCGCCAUCUAUCAAAAAGUUUACAUACUAUUCAAAGUCUGAGGGAUACUCACCUACACCUGAUAUUUUUAAUCAAUCACCCAUCUCUUCAAUAGGAAAUAAUGAUAUUCCUUUUAUUAAUACUACAACUAUGCCUACCUUCCCAUCAACUAUCUCUUCACCUAAGAAUGAUUGUAAUUUAAUUCAGGAAUUUACUUAUAACAAUGAUAAAGAAACAAUAAAUAAAUCAAUGUCUAAAACUGGUGAUCAAGUCAAUUCCAAUAACGUAAAAGAAGAAGAAAAAUUUAAUGAUGAGUUAAAAAAUAUGGGUACUACUAACAAUAUUACUAAAAUAAAAACAAAAAAACUUGAAAGACAGUUAACGUCAUCACCGAUUAAUAAAGAAGAUGAUACUGAUAAUAAUAUAAGUAAAAUAAUUCCAAAAGACGAAGUUGGAUCAUUAUCACCAAUUUACAAUAGUGAUAAUGAUAAAAAUAGCAAAAAGAAAGAAAGUAAAGGUAAAGAAGAAUUUUUUAAACUUAGGAAAAAACUUCAAUAUAAGGUUGAUGAACUGGCUACAGACAAUAACUUUGAUGAGGAAUCUUCAAAAAUAACAAAUGAUAUUAAAGUUAUUAAAGAAAAAAGAGAAUCCAUUAGAGAUAAGGCUAAGGAUAUAUCAAAAAUAUAUUCAAAAAAAGAACAAAAAAAAGGAGAGCUUAUGGAUUCAAAACAACAGGGAAAUCCUCAUGUUAUAAAUAAUAUAAAUAUACCUAAAUCAAGACAUUUACAGUCAAAAAAUAAUAAAAUUCAAAUGUCACGUAUUAAUGAGGUUAACAAUAGUAAUAUAAAUUUGUCCAAUUCAAAAAAUGAUAAUGAUUCAGAUUUUGGUGAGGAUUUUAUUGACCUUGCCCGUAGACGACGUUUUCUUAAAAAUACAUCAUCAAACAUCUCACCUGGUAGACCAUCUUCCAGAGGUAUUUCUAGUGAUUGUAUGGAUGAUUCUAUUUAUAAUAAAUCUUCUUAUGGUAAUAAUAUGAUUAGACAACAACAACGUGGAAUACAAAUGCCUUUACCUCAUAUGCAUCAUCUACCCCAUCAUUCUUUUGGGCCUGGUGGAAUGUUACAACAUCCUGGUAUUAUGAUUGGUGGUCCCCAACAAUCAUAUGAUCCUUAUUAUAUGCAACCUAUUCCUCCUAAUCCUUAUAAUCAUCCUAUGGCUAGUGGAAGACAUUCAGCAAAUUUAUAUGGUAGAUAUACUCCUAAUGGAACAUAUGGAUACAAUAACUAUUAUAUGACUCCUAAUGCUUAUGGAAAUAUUCCUGGUGCUUAUGGAUAUCCACAAAUUCUUGGACAACCACGUAGAGCUCGUUCUGGUAUUGAUCCAUCAUUAAGACGUACUGUUGAUCACUUAGAUGUUCCAGGUGGUCGUAGUUAUAGAGAAGAUUCUCAAGAAUAUUCUUUUUGUGAUUCAAGUCAAAGUGAAGGAAUUAAAAAAGGUGGAAAAAAAAUUGUUGAGUCUAAUAAUACAUCAGUACUUCAACAACCACAACAACAAAUACCACAAUUAAUUCAUGAUGAAGAUAUUGUAGAAGAAGAUGAUGAAGAAGAAAUUGAAGAAGAAGAAAUUGGUGAUGACGAAGGUGAUAGUGAAGAAGAAAUGGCUCAAUAUAAUCAAAAUCCAUUUGGAUAUCCUUAUCCAGUUAAACCUAUGGGUUAUCCUGGUAUACAACCACCAAUUAAUGGAAUUGGAAAUGAUGAAUAUUACUUUUUUGGUGUUAUUCAAUUAGCUCAUGAAAAAGUUUUAACUAUUCUUAAGAAAAAUCCUCCUCCUCAACAAUAUUUUGAGUUACCAGCCAUUGAAAAAGCAGCUUACCUAUUUUAUUUUUCUCUUUACAAAAGGCAUUUUAAAAAUGUUGAUCAUUUCCACAAUUUAUUUAAUAGAGAAUACUAUAGAUAUACUACUGAAGGAUCCACCAGUGAAGAUGCUUUAAAAAAAAUUUGUGAACAUACGAAGUUGGAGUAUCUUGAAAAGGUUGCUGAAGAAAAAAGAAGAAAUUACGAAUUAUGUCAAAAAUCUCUCUUUCCAGAAGAUUGUACCUCACCUGAUUCACGUUUGAUUGGUACCUGUAACCAAGUUAAUAUAGUUGGAAGAGCUAGUAUCUGUGAUAAUGAUUAUGUUAGCGAUGUAGCAUCAAUUGCUUCAUCAAUAAGAGAACCCUACAAAUUCAGGACACCUCAUACUUUGGCUAAUUUUAUUGUUGGAGGAAAAUGUCUUAUGAUUAAUCCAGUACAAAGUGAAAAUUAUAUAGUUAUUCAAGAUAACAAAAAUUUAUAUUCAGAUAUUGAUAGUCAAAAAAUUUAUGAACACAUUCAAGUUUUUAAAGGACCAUUGGUAUUGAAUGAAACGAAGACUCAUACAGUUAGACUUUUUAUUCAAAGACAGAUAGAUAGAAUUCUUAAUUCUGCUUUGUAUGAAGCAAAUCCUAAUUCUGGUGAUGCUAAUGAUUGUAUUCUUGUUUGGAGACUUCUUGAAACUCUUGUACAACAACAUGGUCGUGUUACUGGACCUGAUUUAGCUAGAUUACUUUUACAAAAUUACAAAUAUUUACCUCCAAAAAGUCAAUUAUCAAGUACUGUUGAAUCUGAUAUUUUAGCUAAUGAAGCUUCUAUCAACACUCAAUUACAAAAUACCGAAACUUUUACACGUUUCUUAUUAGGGGGACACAUUGAAGAAGCUGUUAAUUGUGCCAUAGAAUCUGGUUUACAUGCUGAUGCUUUAAUAUUAGCCCGAAGAAUGUUUCCUAAUGAUGUAUCAAAAAUUGAAAAAAUUGAAAAUAAACUUCUUGCAAAUAGACUUCCAAAUAAUCCUGUUAUGACACUUAUAAGUGUUGCAAGUGAAAUGCCUGUACCAGUAUUAACUAAUCCACCAACUGAUGAUGCAUCAUCAUGGAGAGCUCAUGCUGCUAUUGUUUUAGCAAAUCUUUCAACACCAACUGCCAUGAAUACUGUUUACCAUUUAGGACAAGCUUUAUCAAGGAAAGACUUUCAUGCAGCUGCAGAUUUUUGUUUCCUUGCUGUUCAUUUAUUAGCUGGUUACAAUCCAUUUGUUGCAGUUACAUUAGGACCUGAUGAAGAUAAAUCAUACAGAAGGCAUAUCAAAUUAAUUCAUGCUUCAAUACCUGAUGAUGAAUCAAGUUCCACUGAUACUAUAUAUGGAUGGUCAGUUCUUGAUUUUCAAGCAACAGAAAUAUAUGAAUAUGCUUUAAAAUUAGCUUUUCAACAUGAACCAUCUGCUAUUGAAAAUACUCCAUAUAAAUAUUUAACAGAAUCAAAUGAAUUCCAACUAUGUAAAAUGCAAUAUGCCUUAUUACUUAGCGAGUAUAGUAGUUUUAGUAAAGAUGCCUUUGAUUAUUGUUUAGAAACUGCUAAAAAUAUAUGGAAUAAAUUAAAUCAAUUUCCUCUUCAAAAUGUUGAAAGAUUAUGUACUUUGGCUGAACAUCUUAAAUUUGUUGCUGGAGCUAGCGAGGAAAGUGUUGCUUGGAUUCCUUUGUUAUAUAAGUAUGUUGAAGAUCAAAAAAAAAUAAAUAGUCAAACUAUUGGACAUGAAUAUGAUAACAUUAAAAAUUCUUAUCAGGAACAAACACAAGAAGUUACUGAAAAUGUUCAGGAGAACAAUGCUCCAUUAUCACCAGUUGCUACAAAUAAUUAUGGUGUUGAUCAGGUUGAUGUAUCCCAAGUCUACUCAACUAAUGUUCCCAAUGAAAUAGAAAAAUUAAAAAUUUCUACACCUGAAACACCAGUUGUAGAUGAUGGCCAAUAUAAUUCUGGUGGUAGUGUUGGAUCACCAUAUUUAUCAGGUCAAUUUAGUGAUUAUGGAAAUCAGACAAAUUACCAAAACAAUCAUCAUGAAUUGUCUCCACAAUUGUCUGUUUCUGAUAAUACAGUUCAACAACAAUUUCAAAUGCCUUAUUCAGAUUCGUCCACUGACAUUCCAGUAAUUCCAAUAGUUACAUCUGGAGUUGGAACACCACGUGAAAGAAGCAUGUCAACAUCUUCAAGUAUCAUGCAACCAAGAAAAGAACCAUCAAUGGAACGUCCACAAUUUGACUAUUCUUCUAUGUCCACAAACUUAAAUACCAUGUCAAAUCAAAAUAUAGUCGAUGGAGGUUCAAAUGUGAAUAAUUAUCACCACCAGCAACAAAGUGAAAGUGGUGCUUCUCAAUACCAAGGAAAUAGCACAAAAUCUUCCGAUAAGGAUAGUAAAAAAAUUCCAAAUGAUCCUUCAAGUGGUAAAGAUUCCCAUCAAAAUAAUGCUGGAGGUUUAUUUGGUUCGUUAAAAAGUAAAAUAGCAAAAAUGAUACCAACUGGAAAUGAAAUGAUUUUACCUGAUGAUUCAAAUCCAUCUAUUAGAUGGGAUGAAACAUUAGGAAGGUAUGUAGGUGAAGGAUUAGUAGAAGAGGAAAUUUCAGCUCCACCACCACCUGGUAGUAUGAUGGUUUCAUCAACUUCUGCAACAAUGAGCACUGGUAAUUUAUCUUCUAAUUCACAACCUCCAACAUUUAGCACUGGUGGUGGAUUAAAAGAAGCUCGAAAAACAGGUAGAUCAAGAUAUUACAAUCCUUUGUCAAAUUCAACGACAUCCGGUAGCGGUAGUAAUAAUAGUACUUCUUUAGUUUCACCUAUGAGUGAAAUUCCACCUAUGACAACAGCCAACUUUGGUUUUAUUCCAACAAUGCCAGAUACACCAAAUGAAGCUUCAGUCGACCCAUUUUCAGCUCCUGCUCCAAUGGAUGAAGUUCAAGCCAACUAG